AGACGAGAGAGAGAACGACGGGGGUUGUCUAUGGUGAGGUGUAACGUCGCUCGCGCCCAGUGCCAUCGUUUACAUGUGUGAGAAGGGAGUGGGGAGGGGGUUGUCUAUGGUGAGGUGUCACGUCGCUCGCGCCCAGUGCCAUCGUUUACAUGUGUGAGAAGGGAGAGGGGAGGGGGUUGCUUGCUGGAAACUGGGUUUUCACGGCGAAACGACUUUUAACCGCGAGAUGCCCGGAUGGGGUAAAUGGGAAUCAUGUAUUUUUUUGCUUUCGACGAUGACAAGGCUGCUUCUCUCAUCUGUCUGAAGACCACCCUGGGGUGUCCAAGGCCCUCCACUACACCUGCCCUCCCUCUUGCCCCUUCCCUAAACUCUUUCAUCCCCAUGGACUCCUCCUAUCUCGUCCUACCACUUUAGACCUUGCCUUUGGAAACCUAACUGCACCCCACCCAAAGACACACACCGUACCCCAAAGGUAUCUCACAAUUACAUGGGCCCUGUCACUCAGCCAGACUCACUGAGACAAUCAAUCAGUUGUUAUCACCACAAGCAGAGAGCCAAUCAGGUGUUUGCUAGACACAGCAGAGCUAUUCCUAUUGUAGCAAUACAUCCAAAGGAGCUAAUUCGGUGAAGCCAGGAAGUAGAGAUGAGGAAGUGACAAGGUACAGAGUGAUAAGACGUUAACCAACCAAACACAGGCUUGUUAGUGAUGACUGUGACGUCUUAUUCAUAGAGAGGUGAGGUACAGAGGAGAGAGAAGGGUAAAAGAGUGCCACCAUUCUGCUUGCCUGUCAACCAACCUCUCUCACAUAGUAACAGGAGAAAAGGACAAGGACACAAACAUAAGAGAGAGACCAAGGGCCAAAGCGAGGCAGAGAGAAAUAGAGAGAGAGAGACAAAAGAGAAUAGAGUGCCCUUCACACCUUAUCUCAUACAAGCACUUGAAAAAAUAUUCUGUGGGCUCCUUGAAGCAAAUUUUCCCAGAACAAUCCCACACUCUCCACCGACACCCACCAACUCUCAGCUCUCAACUCUCAACACACUCUCCGGCCUCAAGAUGAUGUGCGAGGUGAUGCCCACCAUCUCUGAGGAUGGGCGUGGCGGGAGUGGGGGAGGGCCUUCCUCUCCGGGAGGGAGUGGCGGGGGAAUGGGAGGCGGUAUGGGGGGUGGAUACGGGGGCAGAGGGGAGCCCCGGGGCGGAGGUGACGAGGGGGGCAGCACCGGGAAUCUGGAAUCUCUGAUGGUGAACAUGCUGACGGAGAGGGAGAGGCUGUUGGACAGCCUAAGGGAGACCCAGGACAGUCUGGGGACAGCCCAGCUUCGUCUCCGAGACCUGGGCCAUGAGAAGGACUCCCUCUCAAGACAGCUGUCUAUCGCCCUACCACAGGAGUUUGCAGUGCUGACCAAAGAGCUGAAUGUCUGCCGGGAGCAGCUGCUGGAGAGAGAGGAGGAGAUAGCAGAACUCAAGGCAGAGAGGAACAACACACGGCUGCUGCUAGAGCAUCUGGAGUGCCUGGUGUCUCGUCAUGAGCGCAGUCUGAGGAUGACAGUGGUGAAGAGGCAGGCCCAGUCUCCUGCCGGGGUCUCCAGCGAGGUGGAGGUCCUCAAGGCCCUCAAGUCCCUGUUCGAACACCACAAAGCCCUGGACGAGAAGGUGCGAGAGAGGUUACGUGUGGCUCUGGAGCGAGUGACUGUUUUAGAGGAAGAGCUGGAGUCCUCCUCAAAUGAGUGCCAUUCUCUACGAGACCAAAUCAAAAGACGCCAACAAGGCUUAGAAAAUGGGAAAGAGCGGCUGCCCAAUGGACCCUCCUCCAUCCUGGAGGAUGGAGAGAUUGACAGAGAGAGACAGAGAGAAACAGAGAUAGAGCGGCAGAGAGCAGAGCUGGCCCAGCUGAAAGAAAGACUGGCCCUCAUGUGCAGACAGGUUGGGGAGAUCGAGGAACAGUUGACUGCAGCUAGGAGGGAGGUGACCAAGUCAGAGGAAGCCAAUCAGAAACUGCAGAGGGAUGUGAAGGAGGCUCUUUGUCAGAGAGAGGACAUGGAGGAGAGAAUAACUACUUUAGAACGCAGGUACCUAAGUGCCCAGAGGGAGGCGACGUCUCUCCACGACAUUAAAGACAGGCUGGAGAAUGACCUGGCCAGUAAAGACUCCCUCUACAGGCAGAGUGAGGAGAAGAACAGGCAGCUCCAGGAGCGUCUAGACGAUGCCAAGCAGAAGCUGCAGCAGACCCUGCAGAGGGCCGAGACGCUGCCUGAGAUAGAGGCCCAGCUCGCCCAGAGAGUGGCUGCACUCAACAAGGCUGAGGAGCGUCAUGGUAACUUUGAGGAGCGACUGCGACAGAUGGAGGCGCAACUAGAGGAGAAGAAUCAGGAGUUACAGAGGGCGAGGCAGAGGGAGAGGAUGAAUGAUGAACACAACAAGCGUCUGUCUGACACGGUGGACAAGCUGCUGUCUGAGUCUAACGAAAGGCUUCAGCUCCAUCUCAAGGAGAGGAUGGCUGCUCUGGAGGACAAGAAUGCUCUCUCUGAGGAACUUUCUAACAUGAAGAAGAUCCAGGACGACCUUCUAGCAAACAAGGACCAGCUGAUAGCCGAGCUGGAGAGGAUUCAGCUGGAGUUGGACCAGCUCAGACUGAGACCCGGCGGGUCCUGCUAUUCCAGGUCUCUACCAGGCAGUGCUCUGGAGCUGAGGUACUCCCACGGGGACGGCUCCCUCCCCACGGGCUCCACCGCUCACCUGGAUCACUACGGUAACUCCAACACAGUGGCUGUGGUCAGGCGGACUCAUCGCGGGCGCUGGAGCACAGCCCGGGAGGACACCAGCAAGUACGGGGACUGGGACAGUGGGUCAGCGCUGCUGAGGACCGGGUUUGAGGGGGGUGUGGACCACGGUUGCUCUGACGAUGAGGACGACAGAGAGACACUGUUUGGCUCGGAGCUGCUGUCUCCCAGCGGACAGACUGAUGUCCAGACACUGGCCAUCAUGCUGCAGGAACAACUAGAGGCAAUCAACAAGGAGAUCAAGCUGAUCCAGGAAGAGAAGGAGAGUACAGAGUUGCGGGCAGAGGAGAUUGAGAGCAGGGUUAGCAGUGUGGCUCUGGACGGUUCCCCCAUCCCACCCUCCUCCCUGGGGAGGGACAGUAUGGGACGCGGCUUCAUCCCUCAAUCCCUUACCUCCUCCACCCUGGCCUCCCCUUCUCCCCCCAGUUCUGGGGUCUCCACCCCUCGCCUGUCCCACUCCCCUCACCGUGAGACAGAUAGACAGAACAACAAAGAGGAUGAUCGGUCCCUUGCCCUUCUUGACUCCACCCCUCCACCCACCCCCCGAGCGCUGCGACUUGACAGGAUGACCCUCACCCACCCAGGGGCCAUGAUGGACGACCCCAGGGAAUUCCGCAGUCUGUCAGCAGACGGCAGCAGUUCCAACAGCAGUCAGGACUCUCUCCACAAAGCCAGUAAAAAGAAAAGCAUCAAGUCUUCCAUCGGCCGCCUUUUUGGGAAGAAGGAAAAGGGAAGGAUGGGCCCGGCUGGGCGAGAGUCUGCCUCUCUGGCCUCUACGCCUUCUGAGGACCUGGGUACUGGGGAUUCUAUGGGACUGACCAAGGGAAGCAUGACAGGAACUGUUGACAACCGCCGCAGCAAAAGGAAACAUGAGCUGCUGGAGGAGGCGUGUCGUCAGGGUCUUCCCUUUGCAUCCUGGGAUGGACCCACUGUGGUCUCCUGGCUAGAGCUGUGGGUGGGAAUGCCAGCAUGGUACGUGGCAGCCUGUCGUGCCAACGUGAAGAGUGGCGCCAUCAUGGCCAACCUGUCUGACACAGAGAUCCAGAGGGAGAUUGGCAUCAGUAACCCCCUGCACCGCCUCAAACUGAGAUUGGCCAUCCAGGAGAUGGUGUCCCUCACCAGCCCAUCUGCCCCGGCCAGCAAUCGCUCUUCGACCAGUAACGUGUGGAUGACCCAUGCUGAGAUGGAGUCGUUAAACGCAGCCACCAAACCGGAGCUGAAAGAGAUUAGCUGGGAUCAGAUCCUGGCCUAUGGGGAUAUGAACCAUGAGUGGGUGGGUAAUGACUGGCUGCCCAGCCUGGGUCUGCCCCAGUACCGCUCCUACUUCAUGGAGUCCCUGGUGGACGCCCGCAUGCUGGACCACCUGACCAAGAAGGAGCUGAGGGGACAGCUCAAAAUGGUGGACAGCUUCCAUAGGGUUAGUUUGCAUUAUGGCAUAAUGUGUCUGAAGCGCUUGAACUACGACCGCAAAGAGCUAGAGAGGAGGAGAGAAGACAGCCAGCACCAGAACAAAGAUGUGAUGGUGUGGUCCAACGAGCGUGUGAUGUGCUGGGUGCAGAACAUCGGGCUGAAGGAGUACGCUGACAACCUGACAGAGAGCGGGGUCCAUGGGGCCCUCCUGGCUCUGGAUGACACCUUCGACUACACAGACUUGGCCCUGCUGCUGCAGAUACCCAAUCAGAACACACAGGCCAGACAACUCCUAGAGAAGGAAUACAACUCCCUCAUCUCUAUGGGAACAGAGAGAAGACCAGAUGAGGAUGGGACUAAGACGUUCACCCGCUCCCCUUCCUGGAGGAAGAUGUUCAGGGAGAAGGACCUUAGGGGGGUGACCUCGGACUCAUCGGAGAACCUGCCUGCUAACUUCCGUGCCUCCGCCAUCUCCACACCCUCCGUGACCCUGAGAAAGGUUCAGAGUGACGUGAACUCUGGGCCUCGCGGUGAGGUAGCCUCAGUCAGGACAUACUCUUGCUGAAGGACACGGAGGGCCAUGGUGACUGGAUCACGACUGGACUGCCCUCCUCUCAUUCAUUCACAGGAGGGGAAAGCAGCAGAGAAGCAAUGCAUAUAUACAUUUAUUAAAUAUAAAUCUAUUGGUCUGACCAUUCUGCAAUAACAGAGAUAAAGAAGAAAUGACUGAGAUGGAGAAACAACAAAGGGAAAAGAACAUGAAGAAUGUAUGAAAUAUUGACAGGAUAUAUACUGUACGUACAUGGAUAGAGGGGUAGGAUGAGGCAGGACGACUGUUUUAUCUCUCUUUGUUUUGUCUCAAUAUGUGAUUGUGCGAUGUGGAGUUGUGUGCUGAGGAGGAGGUGACUGAUAUCCAAUGUCACCCAUUGUGGCUCUCUAUCUGUUAGCUUCUAUGGUGCUGUCAGGGGUUCUCCUAAGUUGGUUAGAGUGCUGCAGUAAAACCAUGUCCCCAUUCAGGCCGCCAUCUUGGCUCCAGCCACAUCAGAGCGGCAGCAAGCCGCUCCUCUACUCAUGGUUUAUCCAUUGGCACCUUGAAAGCUGAGAGGCUCUAGUGUAAUCUCUUUUGAAUGGAAUCUAUUGUGAAGAUCAAAGGCCGGGCCACAGCAGUUACGAUACGAUAGGGUGGGGGGCCACAGCAGCAAGGAUACGAUGGGAUGGGGGCCACAGCAG